AUGACAAAUUCUUUUGUUGGCUAUUUAGAGUUAAAAGUAAAUGAAAGGGAAUGGAAUUUCUUGGAGGAAUGGUAUAAAUGUUGCGGAAUUUUUGAUUCUUUAGAUUACCCCGAAAAAAAUUGCACAAAAAGCAAUUUAGGUUGUAAAGAACCUUUUAUCUUAAGUGUUGCUUUAAUCGCUUUGGGAAUUGUUUAUGGCGACGAAUUAGGUCUUUUAAAACGCUACGUUGGACUCGAAUUCCUAGAACUGCCUACGUUGCUAAUCGUUUUGGGUUGUUUAAGUUUCGCCGCGUCUUUAUUGGGUUGUUAUUGCGCGCGGAAUAAUAAUCAAAAACUUUUGAAAUUUUUUAUAGUUUUUAUCGCUUUAUUAUUGGCUUUGGAAUUAACGAUUUCGUUAAUUUCAUUUUUUAAUAUGGACGAAUCGCUCGAAUCCAACGCAAGAAACAUCAUGAAAGUACAACUUUUAAGUCAUGUUCCGUCGGAUAAAAACGAAUUCCAUCAGGUGGAGAGUUACUGGAAAUGCUGUGGUAUUGAUAGCGGUCAAGAUUACAUCGCAAUAAAUACAUCAGCAGGAUGUUGCGAUGAAAUUCCUUAUCAAUGCAGCUUGGAAGUUCCCUCUAAUGUAACGAACUUAAUAAAGCCGGGUUGUUUAGAAAUCGUAGUCGAAAAUAUUUAUCAAAUAGCAUUGGAAAUCGGUUGUUACAGCGCAUCUUUUUGCAUUUUGCAAUUCUCCGAAAUUAUUUGUGUAUUAUUAAGAACAAUUUCACCUUAA